AUGAUCGCCACUGCCCCCGAACCCAUUGCCUAUCUUCCCAUCAAGAAACCCGAGAUCGGUUACAAUGGCUACCAACCCCUCAACCCUCACAGCGAGUACCUGAAGAAGGGUGACCGACCCCACGGGGCCCGCCCAAUCGAUUGCGACAUAAUCAUCGAUCACGACGUCGAGAUUGUCGUACGCGAUGGAUCCAAGCUCUACUGCGACGUCUAUCGCCCGGCCAACCCCAAGGGACCAGUUCCCGCCAUUUUGUCUUACAGCCCCCUCCCCGUCACACCUUGGGAGUGCGGUGUCACCCACGAAGACAUCAGCGGCCUCGAAAAGUUUGAAGGCGUCGAUCCCGCUCGCUGGUGCGCUCGCGACUUUGCCGUUGUGAGCGUGGAUGCUCGCGGUUCCGGCCAUUCGGACGGUUACGCCUGUCUCAUGGGACAGCAAGAGGCUGAGGAUGGGUAUGAUAGCGUAGAAGCCAUUGCGAAGCUUCCCUGGUGCAAUGGCAAGGUGGGCCUUGCAGGCAAUUCACACCUUGCAAUCAUUCAGUGGUUCAUCGCCGCCCAACAGCCACCCUCAUUGGCCGCCAUUGCGCCGUGGGAAGGGUUGGGUGAUCUCUAUCGCGAACAAUUUGUCCGCGGUGGGAUCUUCAACCCGUCGAACUUCCUCCUCAUCAAGGACAUGACGUACCGUGGACCUAACGGAAUUGAAGACAUCCCUGAGAUGUACCGUCGCACCGACAAUGGGGUUAUCAACGACUACUGGAUGGACAAGCGACCGGACAUGAAGGCUGUCAAGGUUCCUGUGUAUGUAACCGCUUCUGAGCACUCCACAUUGCACACCAUGGGUGGCGUCCGUGCCAAGAUCGAAUUGCCGAAUCAAGAGGAUGUGUGGUUCCGCUCCUCGUCCUGGCAAGAAUGGCACGAUUUAUGGGCUAUUCACGAGACGAACGAGGAGCUCAUGGACUUUUUCGACUACUUCCUCAAGGGAAAGGAGAAUGGCUGGCGUAACACGCCCAAGGUGCGACUGUCCCUGCUUCGGUUUGGCAAGAAUGAGCCACUGGACGGGAUCGAGGCGCCCGACUAUCCCCUGCCGGACACGGACUACAAGACAUGGUACAUGGGCCCCGAUAGUAAAUUGUUUGCGACGAAUCAGGACAACCAGAGUGUCGUAACAUACAACUCUGAGGACGACAGCUCUGUGGCUUCUUUCAGGCUCACGUUCGACAAGAGAACGAUCCUGGCCGGUUUGCCUCGCGCCAUCUUGUACCUCGCUUGUGACGACUACGAGGACAUGUGUGUGAGCGUACAGCUCAAUAAGCUGGACACCGAGGGUAACAGAAUGGUUCACCUGACAAUUCCUUUCGCUCGCACCCCCGUUACGGACCCCAACGAUGCUCCCCAGAGUGGAGUUGUGCGUCAUGACGGCCCCGUCGGUCUUCUCCGAGCCUCGCACCGCCACAUUGACCACUCGCGCUCUAUCCACCCCCAGUACCCAUUCCACCCGCACGACCGCUAUGAGCCCAUCCCGAAGGGUGAUAUAGUGAAGCUCGAGGUGGGUAUCUGGGCAAUGGGAAUUCUCUACGAGGCUGGCGAGAGCAUCGAGGUGGUUGUGAGUGGCAACAAUCCCAACUCGCCCGAGCUUCGCCAGACUGGGGCCAUGUCGUUUGCCAGUGGCACCAACAAAGGUACCCACAAGCUGCACAUUGGUGGUGACACGCCGUCGUGUGUCAUUCUCCCCUUCGUGAACCUGGGUGUGUAG